UCUUGGCCAGUGUGCCGAGGCUGUGGCUCUACCUACUGGGCAACACACUCACACAAUAUGUGUGUAUUAGCUCCGUGUUCACCCUGACGUCACAGUGCACCUCGCUCACCGUCACGCUCGUCCUCCCCUCGCGCAAGUUUCUGUCCCUCAUUUUCUCCAUCGUCUAUUUCCAGAACCCAUUCACCAUACACCACUGGAUGGGGACGACCUUCGUGUUUGGCGGAACUCUCUUAUUCCGCCCGAUGCGGUAGGGAAGGUUAAGGAAGCGUUGUGCUUUACUAAAGCCAAGGAGGAAUGAAGUCUUAAUGUGUGUAUGUAUGUGUGUUGUGACUUCAUAAUUUAUCCUUAUUGUAGGAAAUGUGGACUUGGUGCUGAAAUACUGAGACAUGUAACAAUCAAUCUAUUGAAUUGUUCUAUCAUUUCUAUUCACUACCUGGUCAGCCCUACCUAAUGAGGGUGAGGGUAUGAGGUAGAUAGAUGGACAACCAGGGCAGUUACUUUGUCUUGGUCGUGUAAAAGGGCAUUAGGAUUAUUUUUUUGAAGGAAAGGAAAAUUCAACUUAUUUCAAGAAGGAACACGUCUAUAUUGUAAACAUUCAUUAGGUGACAUUGUCUUGUGAAUUUUAGGUUUUGUAGACGUUGUCAGCGGUGUGUUGGGCGUAGGUGGGAGGAUGGAACAAAGGUGGUUGUAUACUUGAGUGAGACUUGGUAACCAUCUUAAUGAUCUCUGGUAAGAACCUCUCUACGGUGAUGCCGUGUCAACUCUCGGGUGGGAGACGACGCUCUUAUGUGAUGUUUGGGGGCCAAUUUCUGUAUAUAUCAACCUGAAUAUUGACCUGAUGAGUGUAAUAUAAUUUUAAGUGUAAUAUUAGUAAUUUUCUGAUUGGUUUUAAUCCUCUUUAAAUUGAUCUGAUGUUUAUAAAUGUGAUCUCCCUUUAUCUGAUUAGUUGAGUGGUGUAAUAACCUUGUCAACCAGAGGUACAGUAUUGGUCACCUUAACUGUUCCUUAACCCUUGACGGCACCUUAACCUCUGGUGUCUCGUUACUACAGUACGACUUUUACUCACUCCAACUUCUUCCCGAUUGGUCUGAUUUUGUACCUGACCAGCAUGAUUGUCCAUUUUGGUAGUUAAUUAUAUAUUUCUAGUUAUUUAUUUAACUUUUUUUUACUGUACUGUACAGGGUAUUGUUGUGGGAACUCUUGGCAACCAUUGGCCAAAAUGAACCCCCUGCCAUUUAAAGACCUUAGUUUACCAGCCAGUCAGAGAUCCUUAGGGAGGGAGGGGGAGUUCAGUAGUCUUGGGUACUGACACUACAUUGAGCUGGAUAUUUGUGGGACCACCAGCCCACUAUACGCCCUCCUACCACAAGCUGGAACCCCUAUGCGAGUGAUGCUAUGGGGUGAGUUGGUCAGAUUUCUCCAUAUGUGACUUUCUACCUGGCCUGUGUGGUGGCCUUUGAUGGGGUGUACUGAUUGACUGGUGGGAUUGUUCUGUCACCAACCACGUUAAGUUACUCCCUGACUAGUGUGACCGUUCCAUAAACACACCUCAGGUCUGACCCGUAGGUGAAUCAAUGCUCCACCUGUGUGAUAUAAUAUUGUACUGUAUUUCACUUGUUUCUUUUAAGGUUCAGAGUCUGUGUAAAUUUGUUACUGUGAGACACCAAACAUUAACCUUUAAAUAGUGGUCAUCAUCAGUGUAAGUUAGCUGUAGGGACGGUGGUCAUCAUCAGUGUAAGUUAGCUGUAGGGAUGGUGGUCAUCAUCAGUGUAAGUUAGCUGUA